AUGAGUGAACCGUGGAGUAUCGAGGAUGAUAUUCGGCUUUUCCGAUGGAUAACGGAUUUCAAACCGGCCGGUAUACAUAAACAUUUCCAUAUGAUCAGCAUCUUGGGACGAAUGAACAGACCUGAUCAGUUCCCGGUGGUACUCUUAUUCGAUAAGCUUAAAAGCGAGGGUAAAGGUCAAUUCAUUGCCAGUGAAAUAUGGGCGAAGCUAGAUCAACACUAUGACUUGGCAAAGCUAGACGAACGAGAAAACUUGGCAAUGCAUGAGAAUGAGCAAGUAGGUGAUUCUAAGAACGGUGAGAAAAUGGAACCAUUCCACAGUUCUGCGUCUCAGGCACUGCGACGGGCAUUCAAAGGACAACGGGAGUUCAAUUUACCAUGGGAUGAAUAUGGAGAACUGAUUUUGGAGAAUGCUCGAAGCGCGCUAGACGACAAUCCCGAAGAUGAAGAGCACAGAUCCGACCAAAAUUUCGAUCGUGAGGCUGUACAUAGAGAGAGAUCGCCUAGAAGGCUAACGCGGUCUUCGAUAUCCCACAGACCGCAGAAAAGAGUGACUAGGUCGCAAGGACCUGCUCCGCUGCCGAGAGAUACAGACGAGUUAGCAAAUGAGGAUUCGGUACGGUCAGAAAAAGGUAGCCAGUCUGGCUCAGAAGCGGAUCAAGACACUAAAAACAGCCCAGAAGGAAGUGGAAUAGCGAUUAUGGAGGGAGAAGAAUACGAUCCCAGAGCUCAUGAAGUCGAGCCUGAAAAGCAGGAAUCCCAGCAGGAAGGAACCGAUUUAGAACCCGUUGCUCCAUCAGCUCAGCACGAGGCCCCAACGCAAGAAUCACCACCUUCGAAAAGGACGAGAACUACACGAAGCCACCCAGCGGAUGCAAUCUCCGAGAUUAAUGACGCAGGGAAGGACCGGGCCUCAAUGGCUCCAUCCUUGUUACCACAGGCUCAACAAGCGGUCAGAACCAGCUCUCGCGUAGCGAAUCGACGCAAAAGUCGUCGAUAG